UGGCAGGCUUCAGAAUGACCCCUGACCUGUAAUCCGUCACUUCCCAGACCAGCCUCACGUUUUCCCACUGUGACCUCAGACUGUCGUUGAACCAAUGUACGCCUCCUAGCAUUACCUUUACUGAAGCCGGAGGAGAAUCAUCUUGAACCCCUUAAACAUAUUUUUGAUUUCUUUUUGCCACCGACCUUUCGUCCUCACAGCACGGAGACCGGAGCUCAGGAGACAUGGCCGCAAUCGAGGAGCUGUCCCCAGCUGCGGGCCCGGUGGCCACCCGGCCCCCCGAGGACGAGAUUGACGACGAUGAAGAUGAAGACCUGGAUGAGACCUUGAUGGAGAGGUUGUGGGGCCUCACAGAAAUGUUUCCUGACACAGUCCGCACAGCUGCUGAGAUGUCUGCACAAUGCUCCGUGUCAAUGGCAAAGAAAUUUUACAGUUUUUCCCGCGCCGCUCUCUGGGUGGGUACUACCUCCUUCAUGAUCUUAGUGCUGCCUGUCGUGUUUGAAACAGAAAGACUACAGCUGGAGCAGCAGCAGCUACAACAACAGAGACAGAUCCUAUUGGGACCCAACACUGGAAUGUCUGGUGGGAUGCCAGGCAUGAUGCCUCCUGCGCCUGGCAAGAUGUGAGAGACAGUGGAGAGCCAGCAUGAACCUGAGAUCCACUGCUAGCGAUACAGCAUGGCUGGCCACAAGGAGAGACAGAGGGACCUUGGAGAAGAGCAAUGAACUGCAGUUAAUGUGAAAGAAGAAACAGCUGUUUGUCAAUGACACAAAAGUUUGUCCUUUGCGUCGCAUUGGAUUAGCUAUUGGGAUUGGAGAAGGAGGAGGGUGUGAUGCAUUUCUGACACUUCUCCCUCACUGUCUCUCUUUACUCAAACAUCAUGCAAAGACUUUUUCCCAGGAGCAAUGCUUCUAUUUUUUCUUUUCUUUUUUUAAAUAUAUACCUAUAAUUACAUAGAUAAUGUGUUCAUUAGGGGAUAGCAGGUACAGGUGGAUAAACUGAAUGAUAAACAAGAUUGGAGGUUACAAAUUUUUCUGUGUUGGUGUUGGCAGUCUAAAAAACAUUGUUGCACAUUUUUUGGAAGUAUGUUGGUUUUGUCUAUCAUAUGUUUACUAGUUCACCUUUUAUACAGAGAAUUAUAUGAAAAGAAUACCUGAAAGAUGGGCCUGAUGCAUUGUGGAGGAGACUGAAGAUGAUAUAAAGUGAUAAAGUUGGAAUGGCUGGUUGAAGUCCCACCACCCAAAAGACAGCCUUGGUGGUGCAUCAUGUGUUUAUGUCUUUAAAACGGUCACAGGUCCUCAUUAUAAUGUAGAUACACACUUGCAAUGCCUCUAGCUUCAUAGAUCAGUUACUAGUUCUAAUGUACUUCACUACUUUUAAACAAUUGACUGUAUGAUGAAACAACAUAAAGUCUCAUGCUGUUCUAUCAUUGAAAGGUUCUUGUUCUCCUUUCUCUGUUAGCAUCGGAAAUGCAAUAUAACUUGAUCAUUUAAAAGAGAGCACGUCAUAGGUUUUCUGGAAAAAUAUGGCUAUGGUGGAUGAUAUAGUUCUGAUGCUAAGAUACUUGUCGGGUCUUAAAGGAAUUUUACUGUGUCAUACUUGUGAUAAUAUACAAUCCAUCGCCUCUGUUAUGUAAGCAAAGCCACAUCUCUGUUUUGUGUCCAACAUGACUGCUGCAAUUAAAACACCAUGUCAAAUGUAAAGCUAA